AGGUAAUGUGGUUUUCAUAUGAAGCUCCUGGGAAAUGAUAUCAGAAAAAGGGUCUAAUUAAACAUCAUGAGAUUAAGGAAAAAAUAAAAGAAAAGAAGUGAGAGAGAGAGAGAGAGAAAAGAAGAAGAAAAUUUACCCCUCUUGCUAGAAUUGCAUAUCACUUUUGCAUCCCUUGAGCAUCCAUGUAGAAUGGCCUUCCGAGGUUUUUGUUUGUUCUUUUUGGCUGUAUUGGCUCUUAGUUUCGAGCCUUGGCUCCUGAAAUCUGAGAAACUGACUUGCAAUUCAGUUGACUUGGGGGCCUUGAUUGGUUUCUAUAAUUGUGUUGACUCGGAGAUUUUCGGUUCUGGGUGGAACAAGACGGCCUCUCCCGAUUGCUGUAGUUGGACUGGUGUCAUUUGUGAUAGUUCCACUGUUUCUGGCACAAGGGUAGUUGGCUUGGAACUUGGCAGCAAAAGGCUUACAGGUAAGAUCUGUGGAUCCUUGGCAGAAUUGUAUCACUUGAGAGUCCUAAACCUGUCUGAUAAUUAUCUCAGUGGUUCCCUCCCUGCUGAGUUGUUUAAAUUGCAGAACUUAGAGGUCAUAGACGUAAGCAACAAUGAUUUUACCGGUUCAAUCAAUAGAGGUAUGUGUAGAACAUCUACGGGUAUUCGAGUGCUUAAUUUCUAUAAUAACCAUUUUUCUGGAGGAGUUCCAAAGGAUUUAGCAAAUUGUACCUCCCUGCAUUAUCUCUCCUUUGCUAAAAAUAGUUUAUCAGGGAGUUUGCCCGAGAGUGUCUUCCAGUUGCAAAAUAUUAGACAACUGUAUCUUCAAGAUAAUUGGAUCUCGGGGCUGUUGAAUAAUGGAUUUGGUAACCUCUCUAACCUUGUGAAGCUGGAUAUCUCCUCUAAUAUGUUUUAUGGAGAUCUUCCAGAUAUUUUUGGGAGCCUUACAAGGCUUGAGCGUUUCUCAGCCAAUACAAAUCUAUUUACUGGUCGUUUGCCUACUUCGUUGGUGAACUCUCCAUCACUUCAAAUGCUAUAUUUGAACAACAACUCUCUAAGUGGCUCCAUCAACCUCAACUGUUCUGCAAUGAAAAAUCUUGUCUCUUUGGAUCUUGGUUCUAAUCUGUUCCACGGUCCAAUUCCUGAUAGUCUAUCCUUCUGUCAAAGACUGAUUGUACUUAAUCUUGCUCGGAACAACCUUAAUAGUGAACUUCCCAAUGAUUUCAAGAAUCUUCAAGCCCUAACACAUCUCUCAUUCUCAAACACCAGACUUGUUAAUAUAUCAUCAACUCUUGAGAUUCUCCAACACUGUAGAAACUUAAGUAUUCUGGUCCUUUCUUUGAACUUCUAUGAUGAAGAAAUACCUGAUAAUGUGAAUAUGCAAUUCAACAACCUCAAGGGUCUAGUUCUAGGCAAUUGUAAACUCAGAGGUUCUAUCCCACAAUGGUUGAGUAGUUGCCAUAAGUUGCAGUUGUUGGAUUUAUCGUGGAAUCACUUGGGUGGAACCAUUCCAUCCUGGUUUGGAGAGUUUGAAUCUCUUUUUUACUUGGAUUUGUCAAAUAACUCUUUCAAAGGUGAGAUACCAAAGAGCUUGAGCCUACUACAGACCCUCAUAAGUGGGAAUAUCUCACUUGAAGAGCCUGUCUCAAGCUUUCAGCUUUACACUGGUAGACAAGGUGGCCAAGGCUUGAGGUAUAAGCAGAUUUCGGGCUUUCGACCAACUUUAGACCUUAGUUACAACAUGCUCAAAGGAUCAAUCUGGCCAGGUUUUGGGAAUUUGAAAAGGCUCCAUGUCUUCAUCCUGAAAGAUAAUAAUCUGUCAGGAAAUAUUCCAAAUAAUAUAUCUGGGAUGUCAAGAUUGGAGGUACUGGACUUGUCUCACAAUAAGCUAUCAGGAGAAAUACCUAUUUCCAUGGCUAAUCUUAGCUUCCUGUCGGCUUUCAACGUAUCAUAUAAUCAGCUGUGUGGGAAAAUCCCUCAAGCAGUUCAGUUUGAUACUUUCCCAGAUACAAGCUUUGUGGGAAACAUUGGUCUCUGUCGUGCACUGUGUACAUGUGAGCCUGAACAGCCUCCUACUCAUUCAUUCGGAGAGAAAAAGACGAAAAUCAUUGGUUUGCCGUUCGGAAUUGGAGUAGCAACAAGUUUUGUUCUUACUGUCACAGGUUGCUUCAUGUCCGGAUGGGUGCUUUCCAAGCCGAAAAAACGAAAGAAUACAGCAACUAGAAUUGGAUAUUAAAGGUAUUGCAGGAAAAAAUUGUAAAAAAUUGCUGUCUUGUGCCACAUUUAAUAGUUGCAACGGUAACGACUAAAUAAUUACUGUAACAGUAAUUAUAAUAAUUAUAUUCAAUAUGAUUUAAACGUUUUUUAUAUUUCAUAUUAUGGUUCAUGAUAGUAACAAUUUUUAUAUUUAUAUUUCUGAUUUAAUUUCUUGAUGGAAGGAAGAAAAUC